AUGUUUCAAGGGCAGAGCGGUUGGUUCUGCGGCAGCGUCAGCCAGGAGCUGAAGCAGUUCUGGGUGGCGGAAGGGGGAACGAUCAGUGACUCGCGGGAGGCCGAAUUCUUGUUCAGCUCUGACGCUUCGCACCCAGACACGCUGAGAAUAUACCAGAGUCUUGAAUACAUAGAAGACAAUGCUACAGUUUUUCAUGCCUACUAUCUCUCUGCAGUAGCUAAAGCUGAAAUUAAAAACUCGGUCGCUUUAGGUCAUUUCAUUCUUCCUCCUGAAUGCCUGCAAGAAGAAAUAAGAAGAAAAAUUGGUAGUUUUAUUUGGGAACAAGACCAACAUUUUCCAGUAGAAGAGGAUGAUGAAGUAACACCAAAUGAAAUACAGACCUUUAGGGAAAAUAGUGAAGUACCAACAAAGCACAUAAAAGAAUUAUCCGAAAGCGCAGAAAAGCAUUUUAAAAGGACUCCAGUUGCAGAAAAGCAGAUGUACUUUCCUCUUCAGAAUUAUCCAGUGAACAACAUGGUAACAGGUUAUAUAUCAAUUGAUGCCAUGAAGAAAUUCCUUGGGGAACUACAUGACUUCAUUCCUGGAAGCUCAGGAUAUUUAGCAUACCAUGUUCAAAAUGAAAUUAACAUAUCUUCUAUAAAAAACAGAUUGAAGAGGAAAUAG